AUGUCGGUCGCUCUGUCAAGUGCCACGGCCGCGCCCGCGAGCGCCACGCCGCGCGUCACGUACCCUGUCGACGAGAAGCGCCGGAAGCUGCGCAUCGCCAUCGUGACGGAGAACUUCCUGCCAAAGGUUGAUGGCGUGACACGUACGCUUGCACGCCUGCUGGAGCAUCUCAAUGCGGAGGGACACGAGGCCAUCGUCUGCGGGCCCGAGACGGGCAUGACCAGCUACGCCGGCCACCCGGUCGUCGGCACGUUUGGCCUGCCGCUCGUCGUGUACCCGGGCCUCAAGCUUAACUUCCUGCGGCCACGCUUCAUUCGCCGCCUGCAGCAGUUCAAGCCAGACGUCGUCCACUUCGUCGACCCAAUCUUCCUCGGCGCGCAGAUGCUGCCGAUGGUGCAGAAGUGGCUGCCGCUGGUGCCGUGCGUCAGCAGCUACCACACGAACCUGCCGACGUACGCGACGCUCUUCGGCAUGCCGUGGCUCGAGGCGACGAUGUGGCGCCUCACGCGCAGCCUGCACGACCGCUGCGAGAUGGUCUUCUGCCCGUCGGAGAGCACGCGGAGGAUGCUGCGCUCCAAGGGCUUCAGCAAUGUGGAGAUCUGGUCGCGCGGCGUUGACACGGAGAUCUUCACGCCUGCGGCACGAGAUGACAACCUGCGUGCCAGCUGGGGCUGCACGCCCAAGCCAGCGAGUCUCACGGCACCUCUCACGCCCUCUGUCAGCGGCAGUGCCAUCGCAGGCAGCUCCGCCGACGAGGCCGCAUUCUUCCAGCUGGCCAGCAAGCUGGGCCUGAACCUGCGCGGUUCGCCGAAGCGCCGCACCUCGGCCGGCAGUCCUUACGACGACAGCUUCAUCCGCACGCCGCCGAGCGGCCCAAGCCUCACUGGCUCGCCCGAGAUGAGCCCGCCGCCGAGCUACGACAGCCUGUCGAGCAUUCCGGACCUCGAUGGGGCAGCAUUCGCGCUGCCGCCGCCGGCCAUGCCGACCAACACCUUCCACGCGCUGCACGCCAGCAGCUCGUCGGAGGCAGCUCCGGCGCCGCCGGCGCCGGAGAGCAAGACCGUCAUCCUCUACGUCGGCCGCAUCUCGUGGGAGAAGAACCUGCGCCUGCUCAUCGAGGCCUUCCGCAUGCUGCCUGCCGCCGUGCGCGAGAACGCCAAGCUGGUCUUCGUCGGCGAUGGCCCGGCACGUGGCGACCUCACGCGCCUGUGUGCGCGGCACAAGCUCGACGCCACCUUCAUGGGCCACCAGAAGGGCAAGCGUCUCGCCGCCAUGUAUGCCAGCAGCAGCAUCUUCGCCUUCCCGAGCUUCACCGAGACGUUCGGCCAGGUCGUCCUCGAGGCGCUUGCUAGCGGCCUGCCCGUCGUCGGCCUGCACGCCGAGGGCACUUCGGACCUCGUGUCGCACGGCCGCACUGGCCUCUUGCUCGACGUCAAUGCAGCCGCCAAGUCUGUGGCAGCGCCGCCCUCGAGCAAGGCCGAGGUCGAGGCUAGCGGCAGCCGUGCGCCGCUCUCGCCGCGUCUCGUGGCGCUGCGCAACUCCGAGUCGAGCUCGCCAAAAUCGGCGGCCGACUUCGCCAGUGCGGCCUCGCAGGCCGCUGCCAAGCUGCGGCCGGCGUACGAGCGCAGUCCGUCGUCGUCGGCCUCGCGCAGCAACGCACCGACAUCGGGCCUGCCGACGCCGAUCCCGAGCGUCGGCGACUUUGCUGCUGCCAUGACGCCCUCCUCGGCGGCGUUCGGCGCCUGUGCUCGCAGCUACUCGAUGCUGCUCGAGCGCCUGGUGCGCGACCGUGCUCUGCGUGCCGCCAUGGGCCAGCGCGCCCAGGUCGGAGCCUCGCGCCGAACCUGGUGGGACGCCAUGGACGCCGUGGUGCGCGGCUACGAGGAGGUCGUCGAGAAGGCAGGCAUCCACAACCUCUCCGACGACGAGCUCGAGGCGCUGCGGGCGCGCCAGCGCAAGAAGGCGCCGCUCACGGGCCCCAUCGUCAAGGCGCUCAUCGUCCUCUAUCUCGCCCUCUUCUGCAUGCUGUGGUCGCGCUUCCUCUCCUCCUAG